UAUAAAAUCGUCGCCACCAUUUCAUUCCGGAACUGACAACGUUGAAGAAGCCGCAAAUAUGCAGAUCUUCGUGAAAACCCUAACCGGGAAAACCAUCACCCUCGAGGUUGAGAGCAGUGACACAAUCGACAAUGUCAAGGCCAAAAUUCAAGAUAAGGAAGGUAUUCCACCGGAUCAGCAGCGAUUGAUUUUCGCUGGUAAGCAGCUUGAAGAUGGACGCACCUUAGCUGAUUACAAUAUCCAGAAGGAAUCGACUCUUCAUCUCGUUCUCAGGCUUCGUGGGGGUAUCAUUGAACCUUCUUUGAUGGCUUUGGCAAGGAAAUACAACCAAGACAAAACUAUAUGCCGCAAAUGUUAUGCCCGUCUUCAUCCCAGGGCUGUGAACUGCCGCAAGAAGAAGUGUGGUCAUAGCAAUCAAUUGAGGCCAAAGAAGAAGAUCAAGUAAACUUUGGUUGAUAUUGCUUCUUUCCUGUGUUUUGUUCUGAGAUACUUUUGAUGGUUUUGGUUUCUGCUUAUCUUUUCUUUGGAUCACUUGUUUUAAUAUGUUGAAUGUAGUUGGAACUUAUUUUGGUAUCAAUGGAUUAUAUUUUGGUAUAAACAAAUGUUGUUGAUCAAGUUCUCUUUCACUUUGUCUUCCUCCUUUUGUUUACCCAGAAAAACAUCAGAAAACUUCUGAACUUUGAUGUCAUGCAACUUUAUUGUUACAUUUUAUUUGAUUCUUACAUGA